AUGUCACUCUUAGUCAGACGCUGUAUGUCAACCUUAAAGGUGCAAUCUGCAAUACAUGUAGUUUUAAUCUAUAGCUCCAUCUAUGAAUUUGGGAGUUGUUUACGGUUCGCCCCACCCCUCAGAUUGUGCCAUCCACUUCAUAUGUUACUUUCCUUUUUUCAGAUCUCGGGACUGGUUGCCAUGGAGACAAACGGGACAGUGACGUCUCCGCAGGACAGAGAGAAGACCUGUCUGAGUUCUAACGCAACUUCCACACACUAUGGUUCCACAGCUGACAGCCUUCCUACUUCUGAACCGUCCACAGCGGAGACAACAGUCUUCUCUCCACUACGCUCCCAUAUAACAGUAGCCGUGCUCUGUUAUAUCAACUUAAUCAAUUACAUGGACCGAUACACAAUCGCAGGUGAGAGUCUUUCAGCACUUCUAUUGAAAACAGCUAAACACCUGCAGUCAAGCUUGCAACUUUCCCCUUUUUGCAUGGUGGCUUGCAUCACGUCACAUCCACAGAUUUAUCACCUAGUCGCGGCUUGGGGAGUCGAACCAGCGACCUUUCACUUACUGACCAACACGCUCGUAACUGCUAAGCUACCUGCCACUAUCUACAUCAAGCUUGUGACUCUAUAAACUUGUUGGAUGCAUUUGCAGUCUGUUUUGUUUUAGAUAAUGCAUGGGCAUUUCUGAUGCUGAUUAGUUAUGGAGGGUCCCUUUUGUACUAACUAAUGCAAUACUGUUUCUGUUUUUUUCUCACAGGGGUCCUUUCCAGUAUCCAGAAGUUCUUUGAUAUAGCUGACAGCACAUCUGGACUACUACAGACAGGUAUAUAUGAUGAUUCAUAUUUACAUUCACUUCACACCCUGUUCUGUUAUUGUGUUUACAACCACAACCUCAUCAUGCUGAGGGUGCAGAGUGCAGCGACCCUCACAUUACAGGAAAACAAGAAGACGUUAGAUCAACGAUUACUUCACUUCCUGUGCAAUGCUUAUUGAUACAAUCUCAGGUUAUCUGAUUUUACUGUGCCUUGAGAAACUAUUCACACCACUUGACUUUCUCCACAUGUUGUGUUACUGCUUGAAUUUAAAAUGGAUUACAUUGAGAUUUUUUGGUUACUGGCUUACGCAAAAUACCCCAGUAUGUUUUUAGAAAUGUUUACAAAUUAAUUAAAAACGAAAAGAUGAAAUGUCUUGAGUCUUUAAGUAUUCCAGCCCUUUGUUAUGGCAAGCCCACAUAAGUUCCACAGUAAAAAUGUGCACAACAAGUCACAUAAUAAAUUGCGUGGACUCGCUCUGUGUGCAAUAAUAGUGUUUAACAUGAUUUAUGAAUCACAACCUCAUCUCUGUACCCCACACAUAUAAUUAUCUGUAAGGUCCCUCAGUCGAGCAGUGAAUUUCAAACACAGAUUCAACCACAAUGACCAGGGAGGUUUUACAAUGCCUCGCAAAGAAGGGAACCUAUUGGUAGAUGGGUUUUUAAAAAAGCAACAGACAUUAAAUAUCCCUUUGAGCAUGGUGAAGUUAUUAAUUACACUUUGGAUGGUGUAUUAUCUAUCCUAAUGCCUAGUUGGACCCAGUCUCUACAAAAAUACAGGCGUCCUUCCUAACUCAGUUGCCAGAGAGAAAGUAAACUGCUCAGGGAUUUCACCAUGAGGUCAAUGUUGACUUUAAAACAGUUACAGAGUUUAAUGGCUGUGAUAGGAGAAAACUGAGGAUGGAUCAACAACAUUGUAGUUACUCCACAAUACUAACCUAAUUGACAGAGUGAAAAGAAGGAAGCCUGUACAGAAUACAAAUAUUCCAAAACCAUGCAUCCUAUUUUCAACAAGGCACUAAAGUAAAACUUAAAAAAAUGUGGCAAAGCAAUUAACAUUUUGUCCUGAAUACAAAGUGUUAUGUUAGGGGCAAAAACAAUACACAACACAUUACUGAGUACCACGCUCCAUAUUUUCAAGCAUAGUGGUGGGUAAUGCUUGUAAUCAUUAAGGACUGGGGAGUUUUUCAGGAUUAAAAAUAAACAGAAUACUAGAGGAAAACCUGGUUCAGUCUGCUUUCCACCAGACACUAGGAGAUUAAUUCACCUUUCAGCAGGACAAUAACCUAAAACACAAGGCCAAAUCAACACUGCUUACCAAGAAGACUGUGAAUGUUCCUGAGUGGCCGAGUUAGUUUUGACUUAAAUCAACUUGAAAAUCUAUGGCAAGACCUUAAAAUGGUUGUCUAGCAAUGAUCAACAACCAAUUGGACAGAGUUUGAAGAGUUUAGAAAAGCAUAAAGGGAAAAUGUUGAACAAUCCAGAGCUGUAUUUGAUUGUGAUGUAAAUUGAGUAUGUAGUAUGCUUAUUGGUCAUAGUAUGGAUAUAGUUAGUAUGCCAAAAGUUCCAAGAUGUCGUACUACAUUCGGCAAAAUUCAAAGUAUACAAGCAGUGGACACUAUUUCUGGGUUUUUAGGGCCCAUAAUGCAAUUCUCCAGAAGAUGGGCGUGGCUUCACAACAUUUUCAGAUUUGAAGAAAAUGGCGGAAAAUAUGCAGUCGAAGUCCGACGUGAGCGGAUACAAAUUUGUUGCUUUAAUUAUGACAAAUGUUAAGAAAAUGUUGCGCAAUGUAAUAAAAAUAGUAAUGUCUUCUCAAAUAAGUUACACGUUAUGUUGGCUGACAAUUUGUUAGCUACGCUAGCUUUACGAACCGCAUAGCAUAUCAUUACAGCAGUUGCUUGUAUGUACCAGUAUGUUAGCUAGGUACCUAACGUUAGUUGGCUACUUUUAUUUAUUUUAUUUUAUUUUACCUUUAUUUAACUAGGCAAGUCAGUUAAGAACAAAUUCUUAUUUACAAUGGCGGCCUACACCGGCCAAACCCGGACGACGCUGGGCCAAUUGUGCGCUGCCCUAUACUAAUACAUGGAACUUGCCAGUAUAUUAACUAUAUGCUAACUAACUAACUACCCAACGUUUAUUGACUUGAUUAUUCACGUCAUGCUUAGCUAAGUGGUAUAGUCGUUGUGCGUUCUCAAUGGACAUGGUUAGUGGUGUAAUAAGAUGUCAAUAGUGUCAUCUCCCGAGUGGCACAGUGGUCUAAGGCACUGCAUCGCAGUGCUAGCUGUGCCACUAGAGAUCCUGGUUAGAAUCCAGGCUCUGCUGUAGCCGGCCGCAACCGGGAGACCAAUGGGGUGGCGCACAAUUGGCCCAGCGUCGUCCAGGGUAGGGGAGGGAAUGGCCGGCAGGGAGGUAGCUCAGUUGGUAGAGCAUGGUGUUUGCAACGCCAGGGUUGUGGGUUCGAUUCCCACGGGGGGCCAGUAUGAAGAAAAAAAAAAAAAAAAAAGAAUAAUGUAUGCACUAACUGUAUAAGUCGCUCUGGAUAAGAGCGUCUGCUAAAUGACGUAAAUGUAAAUGUAAAUGUCUAGCUAGUAAUUUCUUAUGCUAACAAGCUAGCAAGAAGUUGCAUAGCAACAGCAUGAAGUGGUAGACAGGCGACGCGCUAGUACACUCAACUGAAAGGGUACCGUUCGUUUACAGUAUACUAAAAUGAACUAAUAGUAGGUAGUAUAUACUCAUUAAGUAUGUAGUAUACAGUAUGUCAGUAUGGGUAUUCGAACACAGCUCAGGUGUGGAAAGCUCUUACAGACUUACCCAAAAAGACUCGCAGCCGUAAAGGUGCUUCUACGAAGUAUUGACUCAGGGGUGUGAAUACUCAUGUAAAUGAGAUAUUUCUGUAUUUCAUUUUCAAAAAAUUAGCAAAAAUGUCUAAAAACAUGUUUUUACUUUGUCAUUAUGGUGUAUUAUGUGUAGAUGGGUGAGAUAUAUAUUUUUUGAAUGCAUUUUCAAUUCAGGCUGUAACACAACAAAAUGUGGAAUAAGUCAAGGGGUUUGAAUACGUUCUGAAGGCUCUGUACAUGUUCUGUUUAAUCACAGAAUGGUUUUUACCACAUCUCUUAAUCAUGUGCAUUUAGUUCUGGGUAUGUUGGUCUUGAUUGUGUUUUCACAUGUAACAUAUUGUCCAGUGUAGGCGACAUUUUAUACUUUAUCUGCUCCGACUGAAUCCUAGUGACCAUCUGGUCCUAUGGACCAGGACGUGUGUCGGAAAACAGAUCACCUCUCACUCUAACACUGACUGGGCCAUAUAAUGAAGGCAUUGUGGAGAUGCAGCACCGAGGUAGACUUAACCAAUACAAGCUGAUUAAGGCAACAACAUUAGACUAUCUCAGAGCCCCUUUUUACUUUCACCCCCAGGCUUCUCAGUCAGAAGCAUAGUGCAGCAGUAUUUGUCAAUAGUUUUAACGAUGCUUUCCUCACCGUGGCGUAUUGCAUUAUCAACAUAAACAUUUUUCCUUGCAUUGUGGCUGCAGUUAUUGGUUAAAAAAAAACUGUAGUGUCAUGAUGGCAGGCAUUUUGUUUUGAAUGCCUUUAUGAGGAGAUAGUUCCUCACUCCAACAAAAUGAAUAAUCCAGUCUCAUGAUGUUGCAAACUGUAAAACGUCAUUUUAAUGUAAUAAAUAUUUAUGUCACGCCCUGACUCAGGGGACGCUUAAAUGUUGAGUCAGGGUGUGUAUAUUCUAUGUUGUGUGUUUUCUAUGUUUCGAUCUAUUAUGUGAAGAUCUAUGUUGGCCGGUGUGGUUCCCAAUCAGAGGCAGCUGUAGCUCGUUGUCUCUGAUUGGGGAUCAUACUUAGGCAGCCUAUUGGCACUAGUGGGUUGUGGGAUCUUGUUCCUUGUAAGGUAUGUUGUGUGUGCGCUACCUUGGACUUCACGUGUCGUUUGGUUUAUUGUUUUUUCGUGUGUUUAUUCAGUGUAAAUAAACAUGUACGUAUAUCACGCUGCGCCUUGGCCUGACCCGUCAUUAAACGAACGUGACAAUUUAGGGGUAGAUCAGCUUUAAUAUUGCAGAUUGUGGCUUCUAUCAAUGUAAUUGUUUGGAUAAUUUCCAAUCCCCAUAUAUAUUUUUUGUGUAUAUAUAUAUACAGUGCAUUCGGUUUAUAUACAGUGCAUAGUUUUUUUCCCCUCAUUAAUCUACACACAAUAUCCCAUAAUGACAAAGCAAAAACAGGUUUUUAGGAAUUUUUGCAAAUGUAUAAAAAAAUAAAAAAAGUAUAUUACAUUUCCAUAAGUAUUCAGACCCUUUACUCAGUACUUUGUUGAAGAUCCUUUGGCAGCGAUUACAGCCUCGAGUAUUCUUGGGUAUGACGCUACAAGCUUGGCACACCUGUAUUUGGGGAGUUUCUCCCAUUCUUCUCUGCAGAUCCUCUCAAGCUCUGUCAGGUUGGAUGGGGAGCGUCGCUGAACAGCUAUUUUCAGGUCUCUCCAGAGAUGUUUGAUCGGGUUCAAGUCCGGGCUUUGGCUGGGCCACUCAAGGACAUUCAGAAACUUGUCUCGAAGCCACUCCUGCGUUGUCUUGGCUGUGUGCUUAGGGUCGUUGUCCUGUUGGAAGGUGAACCUUCGCCCCAGUCUGAGGUCCUGAGAGCUCUGGAGCAGGUUUUCAUCAAGGAUCUCUCUGUACUUUGCUCCGUUUAUCUUUCCCUCGAUCCUGGCUAGUCUCCCAGUCCCUGCCACUGAAAAACAUCCCACAGCAUGAUGCUGCCACCACCAUGCUUCACCGUAGGGAUGGUGUCAGAUUUCCUCCAGACGUGACGGUUGGCAUUCAGGCCAAAGAGUUUAAUCUUGGUUUCAUCAGACCAGAGGAUCUUGUUUCUCAUGGUCUGAGAGUCCUUUAGGUGCCUUUUGGCAAACUCCGAUGGUAACUCUGACAGCGCUUCAGAGUUCCUCUAUGGAGAUGGGAGAAACUUCCAGAAGUACAACCAUCUCUGCAGCGCUCCACCAAUCAGGUCUUUAUGGUAGAGUGGCCAGACGGAAGCCACUCCUCAGUAAAAGGCACAUGUGCCGGUUGAGAGAAUGCCAAGAGUGUGCAAAGCUGUCAUCAAGGCAAAGGGUGGCUACUUUGAAGAAUCUCAAAUAUAAAAUAUAUUUUAAAAUAAAUAAAUAAAUAUAUUAUUUAUUUAUUUUAAAAUAUACUGUACCAGUCAAAAGUCUGGACACACCUACUCAUUCAAGGGUUUUUCUUUAUUUUUACUAUUUUCUACAUUGUAGAAUAAUAUUGAAGACAUAAUAACUAUUAAAUAACACGUAUUGAAUCAUGUAGUAACCAAAAAAGUUUUGAUGUCUUCACUAUUAUUCUACAAUGUAGAAAAUAGUAAAAAUAAAGAAAAACCCUUGAAUGUGUAGGUGUGUCCAAACGUUUGACUGGUACUGUAUAUAUUUUCCUUCUUCAUUAUUUUCCCCUAACCCUACCACCCCUCCCCUAACUGGAGUAAACUAAUGGACAACAAUACUUAGGCUUCUACUUCCACCAAUACUUAGGCUUCUACUUCCACCAAUACUUAGGCUUCUACUUCCACCAAUACUUAGGCAUCUACUUCCACCAAUACUUAGGCAUCUACUUCCACCAAUACUUAGGCUUCUACUUCCACCAAUACUUAGGCAUCUACUUACACCAAUACUUAGGCUUCUACUUCCACCAAUACUUAGGCUUCUACUUCCACCAAUACUUAGGCUUCUACUUCCACCAAUACUUAGGCUUCUACUUCCACCAAUACUUAGGCUUCUACUUCUCACCCAACAAAAUGAAUCAUCCUGUCUCAUGAUGUUGCAAACUGUAAACACACUUAAAUUGUUAAUGCGUUUACAGUUUUCAUCUGCAGUUUCAUUAUUUUGGCUCCAAUCUUUGGGUACCUUGGCGACCGCUACAACAGGAAGUUCAUAAUGAUUGGCGGGCUGAGUGUGUGGGUGGUGACGACCCUGAGCAGCUCUUUUGUCACAGAAUCGGUAAGUAAAACAUUGGCUUUGUUCAAGAGCAUCAAAACCGUGAUGUAUCAUGGGUAAAAUUGUGACUGACUGACUGACUGAUCUACAAAUAAUAUUGAGUAGUUAUUUAUGAUGCUAGGUGAUUUGUAGAUCAGUCAGGCUCGACUCGCCUUUAAAGGGCCAAUCUGUGAUUGCUACCUAACUUUUUGUGACUUUUUAAAUUAAUGAUAUAUGGCUAUUGAUUCUUGAAGAAUAUAAUGUAUAAAUGCCUCAUAAGCUUAGUUAAACUGUCUAACCCCAUCAGAACCCCAAAUAUGGCCUUGUUUUGUUUAUAACAUGCGCAGUUAGAGCUAGUCCAGGAUGUGACUUAGCCUGCUAGCUCAGUGCUGCCACCGCUCGUUGUGGAUCUCGACGUUGAAGGCCGACCAGGGUACUGCAGGCUGCUUAUAUGAUCCUUGUAACUUCUUCUGUGUACGAUUUUAAAAUGAUUGGUGCAAGGGACGCACAGUUGGGUCUGAAAUUAUGGACACCCUUGAUAAAGAUUAGCAAUAAUGACUAUAAAAUUAAAUAAUUCUACUACUGAGCUAUAUUGAGCUAUUAAUGUUGAAAUAGUGAGCUAUACUGAGCUAUCCAAAAAAUUUGGGAAAUGAUAUUAUUUUAUACUGAUACGAUUUUUGAGAAAGAGAUUUUGUUUAGAAACGUAUUCUAUUCUUAUUUACAAUAAAAGUAACUCCAAAAUGACACAAUACAUGAUUAACCAUUCAUUUAUAUUCUAUCCAAAACGAACUGCAAACGCAUCCAACAAGUUUGUAGAGUCACAAGCUUGAUGUAGGUAGUGGCAGGUAGCCUAGCGGUUAAAAGCGUUUGGCCAAUAAAUGAAAGGUGCUGAUUCGAAUCCCCGAAACGACUAGGUGAAAAAUCUGCCCUUGAGCAAGGCACUUAACCCUAAUUGCUCCUGUAAGUCGCUCUGCGUAAGUGCAUCUGCUGAAUUACUGAAAUGUAAAUGUAAUCAAUGCGUUCUAAGAAUAUGGUACCAAAUACUACACUUUUGACUACUUUAUUUAUAACAAUCUUUAGGGCUGUCAAUCAUUUUGAUCUUUUUGAGGUUUGUUUUUAUUACUUGUUAAACAAAAUCUCUUUCUCUGACCAAUUGUAUUAGUAUAAUAAUAAAAAUGUCCAUACAAUAUAGCUCAGUAUUUGAAUUAUUUAUUUUAUACAGUCGUUAUUGCUCAUCUUUAUCAAGGGUGUCAAUAAUUUCAGACCCCUCUAUACAUCUGGUGUACUAGAAGCAAGUAUUGGCACCAUGAAAAAAUAUAUUUACACAAAUAUUGCCCACCAAGAUUGCCAUUUUCCCAUUCACUAUAAUGGGGGAUCCUGCUUUCUGAAAACAACAGUGUGUAGUAUCCCGGUCAGGCCUUUAACUUCAUGGCUUCAAUGAGAGGGGGCAGUCGUUCUCCCCUGGAGUGGACUGGUUAAAGCUUCAGUAUUGUUGUAUUGUCAGUAUUUCUGGCUGCUGGUGCUGUUGAGAGCCCUGGUGGGGACUGGAGAGGCCAGCUAUUCCACCAUCGCCCCUACCAUCAUAGGAGACCUGUUCUCUGGAGCCAAGAGGACCAUGAUGAUCGCUGCCUUCUACAUAUUCAUCCCUGUUGGAAGGUCAGAUUCUACAGAGGAGCUUAAUAAUCCUCAUGUUGCCAUCAACAUACUACACCAUGGUCUGCGUCUGAAAUGGCUAUUCCCUAUUUAGUGUUCAUGUGAAGUGUACACUGUAUCCAUGUCCCCUGUAGCUCAGUAGGUCGAGCAACGCCAGGGUUGUGGGUUUGUUUCCCACGGGGGGGGGGGGGGGUGUUAAGUGAAUUAUUUAACAAACUAUUUCAGUGUCUCUGUGCGUCUCCCAAAAGGUUGUAAGUCUUUUGGGAUUUAAGUAACGGACAGAGUCCCGGUCUGCAUAGUCAGAGAUUUAUUCAUUGAGAAUUCUGCCAUCACAAUUUCAGAGUCCAUCUUUUAUACUCAUACGUCAUACAAACAUCCCUCCCCUCUGUAGGCGGGCUUUCUUAUCAUAGCCUACUCCCUGCAUUCCUCAGUUAUCGCCGUUCUCACAAUAUUCUGCACCAUGUUUUCAUAACAGUUUCUCUCCUCCCUAAAUUCCUCAGUUAUCAGUUGCCUGUAGGCAGUUCUCCUUGUCCUUUGUUGUCUGGCCUAACUCUUACUCACAUUGCUAAAUAGUAGCUCAAUGCCAUAGUCUUUACUGGUCCUACGCUCACACAUUUCUAACACAUUAUACACAGUUUCAGGGUGUAAUAAUUAGUCAUUAAUAAUUAAUCUAUCAGGGGGCCAGUAUGAAAAUGUAUGCACUCACUAACUGUAAGUUGCUCUGGAUAAGAGCGUCUGCUAAGUGACUCAAAUCUAAAUGCAUCUUGCUCUAGUGGUUUUGCAAAAUAGCACAAACUGCGUAGUCAAGUCACAGGCAAGGGGAAUCACACUGUUGGUAUGCUAAUUGUGUAAGCGUAUUAAGACUGGAGAAAGAAAGCAAACAAAGUGUAAACUAAGUCUCUGCAACCGAGCAGAACGUUGGGCACUAGCAUUCCAUUUGGGCACUAGCAUUCCAUUUGGGCACUAGCAUUCCAUUUGGGCACUAGCAUUCCAUUUGGGCACUAGCAUUCCAUUUGGGCACUAGCAUUCCAUUUGGGCAUUCCAUUUGGGCACUAGCAUUCCAUUUGGGCACUAGCAUUCCAUUUGGGUACUAGCAUUCCAUUUGGGUACUAGCAUUCCAUUUGGGCACUAGCAUUCCAUUUGGGCACUAGUAUUCCAUUUGGGCACUAGCAUUCCAUUUGGGCACUAGCAUUCCAUUUGGGCACUAGCAUUCCAUUUGGGCACUAGUAUUCCAUUUGGACACUAGCAUUCCAUUUGGACACUAGCAUUCCAUUUGGACACUAGCAUUCCAUUUGGGCACUAGCAUUCCAUUUGGACACUAGCAUUCCAUUUGGACACUAGCAUUCCAUUUAGACACUAGGCUAGCUUCACAUUGUCAAUGUCCUCCUGUUUGUGUGUUUUUCAGUGGUCUGGGAUUCAUAAUAGGAUCCUCCGUUGCCAAUGCCACUGGAGACUGGCGUUGGGCCUUACGGGUAAGUCCCAGAAAGACAGAAACGCAACCUAUUCUAUUGAAAUAAAACAACACACCUCCAGUUCCCAUGUUGUGACACACAUCUUUUAUAACACACCUCUAAUCCACACACCGUGACACAUUAUCUUCUCAGUAUUUCAUCAGGAUUGUAUUCAUUACAGAAACCGUUUACCGUUUAAGAACCAAACGGAAGCAAACAGAGCAAAUGUAAUGAAAUGGGGAGGUACCUACAAAAUACCUGAAUUUGUCCAAUAGAAACUCUCGUUUGCGUUUUCCGUUUGGAGUAAACGGUUUCUGUUGCAAAACGUUUUGAAACAGAAUCAGUGUAAUUAUUAGACCCCUGGCUCCCUGUCAUGAAAUAAUGUCAUUUGAGAUCAGACCGUAGUAGCUCUAUCUAUAUUGUAUCUGAAGAAGCAGGUGAAAUCAUGUCAUCCCUUCUGAGUCCUGGUGACAGAGAGCAAGAGUAGACAUUCUCUCUGGUUGAUGACUCAUAUUGUCUGUCCUGUCUGUCUGUCUGUCUGUCCGUCCGUCUGUCUCAGCUCAAUCCCAUCCUAGGUUCCCUGGGUCUGCUCCUGCUGGCUGUGUUGUGCCCCAACCCACCACGAGGGGCCUCUGACACCCACGGAGGAAGUACCAUAGAGCACACCUCGUACCUGGAGGACGUCAAGUACCUUCUGAAGAAGUGGGAGAAAAUGACAACGCAUCUCUUAACACAUCGUCAAAUCAUCUUAUCUCCUUGAUUGAAUACUGUGUCUCCGACUCAGGGCUGGCACUAGCCUUUUCGGGGGCCGCCCACCUCGCAGGCCAAAUCUUUAGUGGCCCUUCUCUUGGUGGUGGAGAGAAAGAAAAUAGGCAUUUUACAGCUACACUAUAUAAACAAAAGUAUGUGGACACCCCUUCAAAUUAGUGGAUUCGUCUAUUUCAGCCACACCUGUUGCUGACAGGUGUAUAGAAUCGAGCACACAGCCAUGCAAUCUCGAUAGACAAAUAUUGUCAGUAGAAUGGCCCGUACUGAAGAGCUCAGUGACUUUCAACGUGGCGCUGUCAUAGGAUGCCACCUCCUUUCCAACAAGUCAGUUUGUCAAAUUUCGGCCCUGCUAGAGCUGCGCCGGUGAACUGUAAGUGCUGUUAUUGUGAAGUGGAAACGUCUAGGAGAAACAACGGCUCAGAUGCGAAGUGGCCAAACAAGCUCACAGAACAGGACCGCUGAGUGGUGAAGCGCGCAGCGCGUAAAAAUUGUCUGUCCUUGGUUGCAACACUCCAAACGGCCUCUGGAGCAACAUCAGCACAAUAACUGUUCGUCGGGAGCUUCAUGAAAUGUGUUUCCAUGGCCGAGCAGCCGCACAAGCCUAUGAUCACCAUGCGCAAUGCCAAGCUUCGGCUGGAGUGUUGUAAAGCUUGUCACCAUUGGACUCUGGAGCAGUGGAAACGCGUUCUCUGGAGUGAUGACGUUUAGCCAUCUUGAAGUCCAACUGAUGAAUCUGGGUUUGGCGGAUGCCAGGAGAACGCUACCUGCUCCAAUGCAUAGUGCCAAAUGUAAAGUUUGGUGGAGCAGAAAUAAUGGUCUGGGGCUGUUUUUAAUUGAUUCAGGCUAGGCUUUAGUUCCAGUGAAGGGAAAUCUUAACGCUACAGCAUACAAUGACAUUCUAGAUGAUUCUGUGCUUCCAACUUCGUGGCAACAGUUUGGGGAAGGCAGGCCCUUUCCUGUUUCAGCAUGACAAUGCCCCCAUGCACAAAGCGAGGUCCAUACAGAAAUGGUUUGUCUAGAUCGGUGUGGAAGAACUUGACUGGCCUGCACAGAGCCCUGACCUCAACCCCAUCGAACAAUGUUGGGAUGAAUUGGAACGCCGACUGCGAGCCAGGCCUAAUCGCCUAACAUCAGUGCCCGACCUCACUAAUGCUCUUGUAGCUGAAUGGAAGCGAGUCUCAGCAGAAAACCUUCCCAGAAGAGUGGAGGCUGUUAUAGCAGCAAAGGGGCGGGGAUCAACUCCAUAUUAAUGCCCAUGAUUUUGGAAUGAGAUUUUCAACGAGCAGGUGUCCACAUACUUUUGCUCAUGUAGUGUAUUUUCCUGAAAUACUACACAUUUUGUCAUGGGUGUAGAGAAAAUGUUGCAGUUAAAAAAAAAACUAAAUGUAUGCAAUGCUACGCAUUUUGCCAUGGGGGCAGAGAACAUUUUGCAGUUUUAAAGAUUAUUUCCUGCAAUUCUACACAUUUUGCCAUCACUUAUAUGAUGAUUUUGCCGUGUUAAUAUGAUGAGAGGGACUAACAAAAUCAAUGGGGGCCCCCAGGAGGUCCGGCGCCUGCCUACCUGGUUGGUAAUUCAGCCAGGAUUACUAGCUCAGUUGGUAGAGCAUGGCGCUUGCAACGCCAGGAUUGUGGGUUCGAUUCCCACGGGGGGCCAGUAUGAAAAAUGUAUGCUCUGGAUAAGAGUGUCUGCUAAAUGACUAAAAUGUAAAUGUAGAUAGCUGGCUAGAUUAAUUAGCCUCGCAAUCUAUAACAUUUUAGCUGACAUGGAUAAAUGAGUGACUGUCAGUGACUGACAUAACAAGAGGAAAACUGCGGAUGCACAACCACAUUUCUAAAUUGCACCUUUGUCUAACUAAGUUAAGACCCUGACUGAGUUCCCUUAAAUAAAAAAUAAAUAAAUAAAAACAGUGGGUAGGGGGGCCUGCUAGCCAUGCAGUAGGGUUACAAAGGAAGGGUAUAUUACUGGUAACUUUCAAAGUUUACCAGUAAACUACCGGAAUUUUGGAAACUUUCAGGAUUUUAUGGAAUUUUCAUAACAUGUCAAAUAUAUUAAAAAUACGUUUAUUUAAAAAUAAAAAAAAUAGAAAUGACAAAGGUGUGAAACGUUCUCCAAAAUAUAACUCGUCAACUUAGUGAAUGCUGUUUUGUUUAAUAUCUCUCUCUGUUCCUCCAUGCAGUAAGAGCUUUGUGUGGUCGUCUCUGGGAGUGACAGCCAUGGCUUUUCUGACUGGAGCUCUGGCCUUCUGGACACCCACCUUACUGAGCCGAGCUCAGGUGACUCAGGGCAUCAAACCACCUUGCAUCGCUGAACCGUGCGACCCCUCCGACAGGUAUGAAUUAAUUAAUUAAUUAAUUGGUGGAUAGAUGAAUGAACAAAUUAAUGAAAACCUUUUAUUAUUAUUAUUAUUAUUUUUUGCCUGACCUCUGACCUUUUCAUUCUCUUUGCUUGAAUUCCUUGAAACAAUAUCACUUUAGUUACAUGUUUCAACUGUUUGUUUGUCUUUCUGUCCAGUUACAUCUUCGGGGUGGUGACGGUGUUGACGGGUAUUUUGGGUGUUUCGUUGGGCAGCACCAUCUCCAGGAGACUGAGGGACAGGGUGCCCAAUGCAGACCCCCUCAUCUGUGCUGUGGGUAUGCUCAGCUCCGCACCCUGCUUCUUCACCGCCAUCGUACUGGCGUCUACAAGCAUCCCUGCCACUUAUGUAUGACAUCAGCUCUUUAGCUUUUUUUGCUUGCUCUUUGGAGUCUAUGCCAGGUUACUGUAAAAUCACUUUGUGACAAGUGCUGAUGCACAAAAUACUUCAUAAAUUCAUUUGAUUGAGGUCCUGCUCACGCUAGGAGCUGCUAAAAACGCAUAUGAACAAAUAUUACGUUGACCAGAUGUUGUUUUGGAAACCUGUAAAUGUGUCAUUCUGCUCAGGUGUUCAUCGGCAUUGGGGAGACUCUAUUGUCACUGAACUGGGCCAUUAUAGCGGAUAUCCUCCUGGUGAGUUUGAUUCACUGAUAUCUUGUGACCCUUCGAAUUGCAAAGUGCAUUAACCAAUCUGUCAGUGAGUUAGGCAUAUGUUCGUUCCUGUGUGACAAAGUUGACGUGCCUUUCCUACCCUGCAUCCAAAGAAUUGAUUUGAGCAAGCUAGUUCUUGAUUCUACUUAUGUGACAAAGCCUGAUAUAUAUAUAUAUAUAUAUAUAUAUUGCAGUGUAUUUAUAAGUAAAUGAGUUCACCUCGAUGUAUUCUCUUCUCAGUAUGUGGUGGUGCCAACCAGGAGGGCUACAGCUGAAGCUCUGCAGAUCAUGGUCUGUCAUCUCCUAGGCGAUGCCGGAAGCCCUUACCUGCUAGGAGCUGUAAGACUGUCAUUUAUGGUUGAAUAAAAAUCGCUCAGACAUACAGUAUGGUGUGUAUGUCGUAGGUUGACAUUUAUUGGGAUGAGUCUUGUCCUUGAGGCAGAACUGAGCGAAAAAAAAUCAUGAAAACUAAAAUGAGCUUUUUGGUCUUAAUUUAAGGUUAGGGUUAGUAAUUUGUGUUAGCAGUGUGGUUAGAUCUAAAAUCAUAUUUGAUGACUUUGUGGCUGUGCCAGCUAGUGACCACUCUGCAGGGCUGCCUCCAGAACAAGAUUCAUGAUGAAAAAUGCUAACCUGCGUGUACAUCAGUAACCAGUGACCAUCAGGGUUGAGGUCAAUUCCUCAUAAAAUUCUCAUUGAUUUGACUGAAUUGAAAUGGUAUUGAGCACGACCCUGAUAUGACUACUGUCUCUCCUCUUGCCCCCUAUCGGUCAGUAGAUCUCUGAUGCUCUGAGUAGAGAUCAGCCUGACUCUCAUGCGUGGCGUUUCCGUAGUCUGGAGUACAGUUUCCUGCUGUGCCCCUUCGUAGGUGUCCUGGGCGGGCUCUUCUUCCUCAUGACAGCCCUCUACAUCACAAAGGACAGGAAGAACGCUGAGCUUCUCACUGCAGGUACUAUAGUGACGUAUGGCUUCAUAUGGGUAUAUAAUAAUAAUAAUAAUAAUAAUAAUAAUAUGCCAUUUAGCAGACGCUUUUAUCCAAAGCGACUUACAGUCAUGUGCGCAUACAUUUAUAUGAUUGAUGUAUGUUCUGCUUGUAUGUUUUUUCGACUAAACAUGCUGUGAGGGUUCGGUUUGAGUUAGUCUCUUGUAAUGCGGUUAAAUAAAUGUCUUGUUACUGGGCACGUGAGAUUUGAUUCUUGGUGCCAAGGUUAGAUUUUAUUCUUAUUUGGAUUGUUAUAUGCCAGACAGUUCUACAUCCUACUUUUUUUUAUGUUCUGGACGUAUGAUGCAAAGUCAAAUAAGUGUGUGUACGUGUGCGUUCUUGUGCACAUACGUGUGUGUGUGCGUGUGAGGCUGGCCGUGCACUAAGAGAGUUUGGUCGUUGUGUUCGCUAGCGUUGGUGCCGGACAGAGUCAUGCCACAUGAUCGUAACACUUACUCAAGGCCAUGACUGGACAGAGGCUCUCUUUGUCCCCCUCAUAACUCCUCUGAACCAUCCCAACACACUUCCUCUCAGAAACUACACACACACACACACACACACACACAUACACACACACACACACACACACACACACACACACACACACACACACACACACACACACACACACAAUCAGUACAGGUCCUUGAUUAGGUUAGAAGGGAAUCAGACAGUGAGAGGACAAUGCUCCCUCCACAGACAAAGACAACAUUGUGUUUUAAGUUUAGUAUCUUGUAAGUUUAGUAUCUUGUAAGUUUAGUAUCUCACAGCCUCUUCAGUCUGUGGGCGUGUGUUUAUCAGUUGUGAUUGAAGACCCACCACCUCAGGAGAUAAGAGUUGGUUCCUUCCUUCCUGAUAAGCUUUUCUGUCGUCUCUGUCUGAUUUUGGACCUGUACCACUCACAUCAAUCAUCUGCAAAGCGCAAAUGUUUCACAUGCAUGAUGCUGUCUAAGUAGCCUUGUGUUCCAGCCAGGAAAGCUCUCUUUUUUCCCCUGGGUCUCUAUCUUACUGUACCUCUCUCUGUGUGUUCUCUGUGUGUUUUCAGGGCUGUGUGAUCCAGUAGAUCCUCCUACUCAGUUUAUUCCCACGGCAGGCUCCACAGAUUGCUGAGGUGAAACUGGGAUCCUUGGAGGACACUCGACUAGAGGAAGAUAUGUUAGAUGUUGGUUGGUAUGUGACCAAACUGAGCGUUGGGGUGACUGUCUGUAGUACCCCAGACCACUCUAAAUGAGAAAAUCAUGGAACUGGCAACAAGUUCAUAUAGAAAGAUUCCAAAGCUGCACACUGAUCCAAAGAAAAUGAGUUGUGGUCCAUGGUACACAGACCUGUUUUUAAAUGAUGUGCCUUUUUAUGACAAAUCCGUUUUAAAAAAUGUACCCCAUUUUAUAAUUGCUGUGUUUUUAUGUCUUACCACCUCACAAUGUUUUUUUUAUCUCACACAACCUUCAUUGAAGUCCACUGUAAAUACUCUGUGUAGUGUCCUAAACCAAACCUGAACAACUUCAUUUUAUGGGGAACAAACCAGCAGCAAUUGAAAAAAAAAAAUUGUUUUUAAGACCAGCGGAUGAAUCUGCCAACCCCAUCCAUUUUGUUGGCACGUUCCAGAUUGACCUGUCCCUCCCCAGGCCCAAGCCUCCCUCUCCCACCCAGCAGCAAGAGGACGGAACGGGGUCUGAGGCUGGCCUGUAGCAGGAGCACCUGGAGGCUUCUCCACUCCACCUCACAGUGUGCAAGGGAAUCCCCAGCCAAUUCUCACUUUUCUCUAGCUUGAUCAAUCCACCUAUUAAAAGAACUGCAAAAUUAUUAGAAUAAUGACCACGUGGUAAAGAAAUGUGGAGUUGAAUUGAUGUUGAGAAUAUAUGUAUACUGAACAAAAAUAUA